AUGGGUCAUUUCUGGAUCAUUGAGACGGCAGCUUUGCAGCUUCGAAUGGAUAUCCCGCUAUUCUUGCGAACGUUGUUGACGAAUAUACUAACCGGCCCUCCGAAGACGAUAUCGAUGUCGCCACAGGAUAUGACUACUCAAAGGGGAGCACAAUUGCAGUUAACUGUCCGAACGGCGCGAACCGCUAAUCGGGCUAGAACAAUCAUUUCAGAAUCCUUGCCGGAAGACAAGGCCCUCCCUGUCCCCUAUUUACCACCACGGGGGGUACUCUAUUCGUGCUAG